AUGCACGACCCAAUGAGCAGGGCUGAAAAGGGAAAAAAGGAAAUGAAAAAGAUAAAAGCAUCUCUUCUUCCAAACAAGACACCAGAGGUCACUGCAAAACCCCAAAAUGAUGUCCUGCCCUUUGACUUUUUCUCUGGUGCCAUGAAAUCCUACUGGGCGAGCGGCCACUUUUCUGAUCUCAUCAUCAGCGCCAAAGGCUACAGAAUCAGAGUCCACAAGAUGGUUGUCUGCAGCCAGUCUGUCUUUCUGAGUUUUCUGGUCCAUAUUCAGGACAAGAACGCGAAAACUAUCAAAGUGCCAGACAAUGUCGUUCCCAAUUUCAACCUCUUCAAGGCCAUGAUCGCUUGGAUGUACGGCGUCGAGUACAUGUAUCCCGGCAUCGAGUCCAAGACCUACAUCCACGCCGGCAUGUACGACUUGGCGAUCUGCUUCAACGUCGCACGCCUACGCAAGCACGCUCUCAAGAAAAUCAAAGAAUCCACCGAAGUGCCCGAAGCAGAAUGGGACACGAAAGCGUUCUUGAGGCUAGUCAACCAGGAGAUGGGCAAGGGGUAUCACCAGUGCAUGCAUAUCCUGCUCCUCGAUAUUCGUCGGAAGAAGAUUGAGGUGUUGCUGAAGGAGCCGGAGCUGGAGCACGUGCUGAAGAAUCAUCGUGUCUUUACGAGGGAGCUACUGCGCAGUUUGGGGCAGGCUGGGCCGCAGGUUCGGUGUCUUGAGUGCGGGGGUUUCUGUCGUGAGGGUCGUUGUGCGAAUGAGAAGUGCACUUGUGAUGAGGACUGGAGCGUGUAUUUUCGUUGA